AUGAAUCGGUUUCGAAACAAGAAGAAGGCCCGGGACGAUGCCUCCAUUGGAGAACAACAGUCAAUAUAUCCCGAGUCAUCCGGACCCUUUCGGAUGUUUUCGAAGAAAAAAUCUCAAGAUGAUGAACACAAGACGGAACUCGACCUUGCCGCUGCGUUGCCUUCCCGCGACGAUUUCCGCACCAGUCUCCUUAUGACAGGCUUAUCAGCUCGCUUUUCUAUGCUCAGGGAACAAGACGACCCGAACAGUAAACUUGGUAAGGCCAGUGACGACAGUGUUCUCUUCCCCAAGCGGCAAUCUAGGUUGGCAGAAUUUGGUGGCUUGGGAGGUGGCCUGCAGGACAUUGCCGAAGUAGAAUCACUGAAGCUGCCGUCAUUGGGCCGUUACGACUCAUACCAAUCAGAUGACGCUGCUUCAACCACAGGCAGUAUAAUGAGCCGUUCCAAAGCUACGGAGGGGAACAAUCUCUUUGGCGGGCGGCAGAAAAUCUACAAACUUGCUGCUGGCUCUCGGGCUGGCAUGUCAGGCCGAGCAUUGUAUGAUGAUGAUGUGGCGCAGUCCGCUUUCCAGAGAUGGAGACAGGAAGAAAAAGAGAAGAUGGCGCUUCGGGAAGAUGGCGACAACGACAACUUGGCGGCCGAACCUGCCAUCAAUUACAGCCGCCGCAGCGAAACGGGCUCAACAAUGUCCUCUGUCCCCUCAGUGGCUCGUAAUUCAACGGCGGCCACGUCGAUCGCCUCUCAAACCUCUUCAAAGGACGCACAAUUUACAAGCAAUUUUCCAGGACUGGAACGAAGCGUGACCCGAACUCGGCGGCUGUAUGAGCAAGGAUUAUCACAAGACCUUCAGGAUCAUCAGUCGGCGGCUCUGUCGAGAAUGGACACAAUCUCCAAGCAGCGGCCGUUUACCUCUCGCGCUCCAGACUCGGUUCCUUCGCCCACAGCUAGCACGUUUGGUGAUCGCGCUACCGAGCGUCGCACAGUACUCUCCAAAGCCAGCGCGCCAAACUUGCGGUCCUUCAGCCCAUCGACAGUGGGCUCAUCUCCCGUAGACUCAACGAGCAAAUUCUCAAGGCAAGAUCGAAAACCGAGCUUCGGUGUAAGCCCUCCUCUCAGCCCGCCCGUCAGCGACAGCGGGGAACAUCCGGUUCUCGCCAUGCAACCCAAUGACCGCGGAAAGGCGACAGCGAUGGGAGUUUUCAAUCGACCAGCGUUGCAGUAUGAUGAGUCUCGCUUCGCCCAAAGGCAGCGCCAGCUUCAGCAAGGGCGAGAUGCUUUCACGUUCCGGCCGACCACAGAAUCAGCACCUUCGUCUGUCGGAGGAAGAUCUCGUUCGUCAUCUGCGCACCGGGCACCAGCUGAAAGAUUUGGACCCAAGGAAAGCCCGUCAGAACUUCCGGACCUGAUGGAGGACAAUGGCGGCGGCCCGUUGUUCGAUGACAGUGACGAUAUUUCCGACUCUCAUCUGAUGCAGCCUGCGACAGCUCCUCGGCUCAAGAUUGAACGGCCUGAUGAUCAAGACCACCCGGCUUUCCGAAAGUCAGCCCUGCCCUCCCCCUUAUCCAUCAACUCUCCCAAGGAUGCAGGGGAACAGGUUUCUCUUGAACCGAAAGGCCACCUCGGGCUGCCUGGAGACUCUCCCACGCUUGGGCCCCAGUCCGGAUUGAGCGGUAUGGUUCGACAACACUUGCGACACGAUAGUGCCGCGUCGUCUGUGUGUGGGUCCUUGAAUCACGAAGGGGGACCCAGUAAGACAGAAACUCAUGGCAAACCUUCGCCCCCCGAUGGAAAUGGUGCCUCCAAUGCGGACGAGAUCAAGAGUGACGAGCACGACGAGUUUGCCCAGCACUUGGCCGAUGGUGCCCGACGUGUGCGCGAGCGGCUUAUAACCUAUGUUGAAUCAGAUCAAGACGUUUCCGCUCCACCGACCCCACCUCAGUCGGAGCAGAACAAGGAGUUCGGCGGCAUGUCUAGAUCAAACGGACUUGGUAUUUUGGGGCCCAAGUCCAGUCUUGGUUCGCUAUUUGACAAGGAAAAAGAAAGGGGUCGCGGUAAAGCCGCCAAGGCAUCUGGUAGCCGGCCCACCACUGCAGGUACAUCUUCACCACCCUACAAAGCCUCAAGCAGCCGCAGCGGAUCGCAACACCGUGAAGUUGCCGCCACCAGAGACGGUGAAGGUGUCGCGCCCCAGUCGGAAGAGAACCUCCACGGGGGGUUGAAGGCAUUCCGCCAAGCACGACGGGAACUGCAAAAACUAAAGGAACUAGAAGUGCAACAGCGUCAUCAGCAGAACCGAAGUCACAACCAAGAGCAUCCGCCCAAUAGCAGAGGCAUGGCCUAUGACAAUGUGCCCCCGCCAGCUUUGUUCAACCGCGUGCCUCGUGAGGAACAGGGUUAUGGCAGCCGAUCACGAGGGGGAUCGCGCGCGCCUUCGGAGCGGAAUCGAAGCGGCUCCGAGACGAGCAAUGGUGGGCGUGCAUACAGCCGCGGUCCCAGGCUGCGCAAUGGUUCAGUUACUUAUGACGAACGCCAUGGUAGAGCAGGCAUCAAUGGCCCAGUUAGCCAAGAUGCCAAGCGGCAAGGGACGGAAUCGCCCAUCAUGUCGCCGUGCAAGGGGACUGGGCCUCCGCACGUUGGCAUGAGCCCGGUUCACAACGUCGGCCCCUUUGAAUCCCACAGCAGGUAUCACGCUCCGGGAAUGCAGACCCCUCCGCUUCAAGACCUUCCCCGGCACGGCAGGCGUCGUAACGGCAGCUUGCUUGUUGCUGCUGCCUCAACGCCUAACUUGCAUGGCAGCGCUCCAGCGCCUCCUCUGCCACCGAUCAACCCCCGCCGUAAGAAUGGUUUUGCCAGAGGGGGCGAAGACCUGUACGGUGGUUUCGGGAUGUCGGACGGAUACGUCGGGGAUAACGAUGCGGCUGCCGACUCCCAUUGCUACAGCGAUAAUGCACAUGCCAGGGGGCAGCUGCGGCAAAGCCCACCACGCAUGAGCCCACCUCGCGUGAGGCGACCACCACUGCCGCAAUCCAGCGUGUCCAGUGCAAGUCUACCGGGUGGCAUGAUUUGA